GCUGAGAAAUUCAUGAUGAAGAAUGCUGAAACGGCAAUUAGUCACGUACUGCGUUUUCACAAGAUGAUCCUCGAUCUAGAAACAACCCCCCCUCCUAGACUCUAUGACUCUCAGGCCCUUGAUUAUCGACUGCGAAGAGUUUACCUGAUCCUGAUUCCAAGAACACAUCUCAUCUCCACACAUAUGAAUCUUUGCUCGGAGAUGGCUGCUAUGUGCGUUUAUUUGCCGAAGACCAUUGGCUAG